AUGUCCGUUCACGUCGGUGGAUUCUGGUUUCCUUCCGAGGCCGUCCAUCAUCUAGUCAUGAAAGCAUACGGCAUCGCCGACGUCACUCCCCAAGAUGCCCCCUUUGCUGCAACGCUUUACUUCCACGACAACAACUGGAUCCAUUGCCCCAGCCUCAUUGAACAUCGCGUCCGUGACGAAUCUGGAAAACUCGCCCAGGGAUACGUGCUUGUGUGUCGCUUGGCGUUCGUCGACGACGGGCUCGAGGUACCAGAUCUCUCCCUCGAUCAGAGUGCGAUGGCAUGCGCCGACUACUGGUUCCCGCCGUGGUUGCGCGAACUUGAAGUCUUCAAAGACGUUCGGUACAUUCAGUACGAGUACACCGGAUACAUCACCAUUCCAAUCAUCUACUCCAAAGAGAAGGAGUAUGACAUGACGCCUCAGCAGAGGCGCUAUCCAAGCAUGCCCAAAUGGCUGCAGAAGCGUCACGAGUGGGGCGACACUUUCACCUACGUGCCUCCCGGUGUUCCCGCGUUGUAUGUCUAUGACGAGGACGACGGUGCCGAUACUGACUCGGACUCCGCCCAACCAUCCCGAGUAACUACUUCACCUUGGGCAAGCGUACAGCAUCCGCGUCGCGGUGUCGGCCGCACAUCCAACUAG